AUGACCUCUAAUGAUCGCCAUGCUUCUCACGACUCCCCUUAUAGAACAGGCCAACAUGUGCCCGUCAGCCAAAGUCGACACGCCCCUCUCACCUCCGUUGCUACCAGCGCUGUCGACUCACACCAGGACCUCUCGGCAACCUACCACGACGAAUCGAAACGACCUUCCAUUUCCUCCUCACAGAUUGCCGGAUCGCCUGCAAGACCAUACUCUCCCGGAAUGCGAUCCCUGUCCUCUCCAAAAGUGCCUCAGGUCGAAGAAACAGUAUCUCCUGGCGAGAUACAGAUGCAGAACUUUGCCGACGGUGCACCUCCACCUCCGCCCGUCUCUCAUUCAUGGAAGAAAAUCGAUCGUUGGGCGGAGAACAAUUACGAAGAGCUCUGGGAUCAAUUAGGCGAAGGAUGUACACAGAAUGAUGUCAACGAGCUUGAACACGAGUUGGACAUGACCCUACCCCAGGAUGUACGCGAAUCUCUCAGCAUUCACGACGGUCAAGAGCGAGGCGGUAGACCGACCGGUAUCAUUUUCGGCUGCAUGUUACUCGACUGCGAAGAGAUCGUACAGGAGUGGAGAAAUUGGAAGGUCGUGAACGAAGAGUACUUGAGCGGUGCUAGAAGCAAAUACAGCUCCAAGGGUCUCAGCAAUGGCUCCUCGUCCUCCAGCUCGACUCAAAACGGCAAUCGCUUCUGGCGACAAGAACUCCUGGACAGACAAGAGUCACAACCCCCCAAGGCUAUUCAGAAAGCGUAUGCACACCCGAGCUGGAUUCCUUUGGCCAGAGACUGGGGUGGCAACAAUAUCGCAGUUGAUCUGGCUCCCGGCCCUGCGGGCAAAUGGGGCCAGGUCAUUUUGUUUGGACGAGACUACGACUGCAAAUAUGUCGUGGCACGAUCGUGGGCUCACUUUUUGGCCAUUGUAGCUGAUGAUCUGAGCACAGAGAAAGUCUUUGUCGACGAAGAAACAGGAGAGCUAAAACUGAAGGAAUUUAAAACAGAGACUGUGGAGCCACCAUACAUGGACAUUCUCCGCUGGCGAGCUGACCAGAAAUAUGGCCGACGAGGACCCAAGAGGCGUCCUCAGCCAGCCGGCUUGAACACCAACAGUGUAGCACAGAAUGGACGACAGUCGCCAUACGGCAGCCCAGUCGCCGGUAACGAGGACAGAGGCCGAUCGCCACAGAGAUUCUCAAGAGGUCCCCAAGGCAGUCCAAGGCACGCGGUUGGUAGUCCAUUGGCGCGUGUUCAGGAAGAGAUAGCACAACCACAACCUGUCCGCCCCGGAGGCGAUGUUGUACGAGACUUUGCCGAGGCUGCGGAGAGCUCUAGUGAAGGCAAGAAGCGAGAGAAGCCAGCAGAAGCUCCUGCGCCUCUUGAUGUAAAGUUUACCAACAUCCCGAGAAAGCCGGAGAAGCUGGUCGACGCGCCUACUCCAUCCUCGUUGAAGAGCGCAGACUCGGACAAGUUCCCGUCGACCCGGCUCGGGAGAGUCAUGACUGAACCUGAAGCCAAGGACGAAAAGACCGACGAGGACAAGUCUGAAGUCAAGGGAUUGGGCGUCAACGGUAUCGAAGAUGAAAUGAAGACGGUUGCCAUAUAA